AUGCCAGGUUUGUGGACUUGUCUCACCAAUAUAGUAAAUAAAUAAACACUAUAUGUAUAUUAAAAAAUACUAUAAUUUUUUAAUACUAUAUUUUUUUAAUACACAGGUCAGGAAGAAGAAACUUGCAAAAGUUCUCAAACAGAUUGUAUCCAAGUUGACAUGGUUGGAUGUCAAACUGAACUUACAGUCAAAAAUAUGAAAGAUUUGGAAGAUGCCGCCACAUCAAUACUUGCUGCGACAAAGAAGCAACUGUGUUCUACGCAAUUAAAUGAAGAUGCGUUUUUAAACGACAAUGAGAAAACAAAGUUUUACACAGGUCUACCAAAUUUUACAAUCCUGAUGCAUGUUUUCAAUCUGCUGACACCUUAUAUCAAAUCUGGUACAAGAACAUCUUUGUCAAAAUUCCAACAAUUCAUUCUUGUGUUGAUGCGAACGAGACUUGAUGCUCUCCUGCAAGACCUUGCAUAUAGAUUUAGUAUUUCUGUUGCAACCGCGAGCAGAAUAUUUGAAAGAUGGAUUGAUGUAAUGAAUAUCCAAUUGAAAUUCUUGAACCUGUGGCCAGAGCAUGAAGAACUAAGGCGUACAAUGCCUGCAGUGUUUAAACAAAACUUGGCAACAAAGUUGCAGUUAUAA